CACUCCAAUGAUAAAGAUUCCAGGCCUAUUUAUAUAAAUACUAUAACACAUUGGCUAGUGUCAAGAUCUUGCUAAUUAUUUUGUGCAAUAUGAACGCUUUAUUGCAUUGCAGAAGAAGGAAUGAUCAGUAAGGUUAUACUAAGUUUCGUUUUCGAUUCAUUCACCAGCUUCCUUCUCAACACAUCAUUUCCUCGUCAGAGUUCCGAACCAUAUGGAAAGAAUAUAGCUGUGUUUAACGGGUUGAAGAAAUGACGGAAUCGACAAUAACUAAACUUAUUUGUGCUAAUCGUGGAUCAAUGAACGUCGAUGAAUUAGAUGCAAAUUUUUACAGUGACUUGCAAGGCUCGGUGCGGGAUGUAAUUACGAAUAGAGCGAAAUUUUGUUUUGUUGAUUUUAACGGAGAGGAAAGGGUGGUAGCCAAGACUGGAGUUCGACUGUGCAAAUCCAAAGAUUGCCAGGGAUGCCGAAAUUUACAUUUUUGUAAACGAUUCAUGCUUGGGGAUUGCCCAUUCAGUCGGAGAAGAGGAGGAUGUCGCUUCAACCAUGACAUGACCUCGGGGGAGAACAGCAGAAUCCUGAAAGAACACGGACUGGAGGAACUGAACAGAUCUGAGCUGUGCACCCUGCUGCUUCAGAAUGAUGGCUUCCUCUUACCACCAGUGUGCCACAACUACAACAACGGCGUUGGAGAGUAUGGCAAAUGCCAGGAUGGCGAGACAUGCAAGAGGCUCCACAUCUGUGAGAUGUAUCUCAGGGGUAGCUGCAACUGUCCCAGGUGUCAUGAUUUCUACGAACCCCAUCCAUUACAAAUCCUGCAGGACAGAGGGGUGCCCAACGAGCUCAUUGCCUCCCUGAAGUCUGUGUACAUGAACAUCGAGUGGUUGCAAAAGCAAGACCGUGCCAUGCAAGGCAAGGGGCAACAUCAAAGAGCUAAAGCUAAUGCAACCGCUAACACAAGUAACAAGUCUAACAGAGGCCCACUUACUCACGAGGGUGCUGCAGAAACUCCAGCACCCCUAUUUCCCGCUCCUAUGCUCGCCAGACUCAGGGCGCUCCACCUCCAAGAGGUUGAGCAUGAUACUGCUACUCCUGCUGCUGCUGCCACCGCUGCCCUUAACACAAGCCAGAGGUCCAACAGACCUAGUCAAGAUAAAACUGAAAUAUGUAUGUACUUCAUCAAGGGCAGUUGCAUACACGGUGAUAAGUGCUUUAAAGCCCACUCUACCAUGCCCUACCAAUGGGAGGUGAGGGAGGGACUAAACUGGACAGCUCUCCAAGACAACGAGGUGAUUGAGAAGGACUAUUGCGACCCAGAAAAGACAUACAGUCGGGGAGUCCAGCCUGUGUGUUUCGAUACGAUGACCUGCGGUCUAAACAAAGCCCGGCGUCUCUCCACCGUCUCCUCUGUGCUACAGCCUACCUUCAUCCUCACCACGGAGUGGGCCUGGUUCUGGGAGGACGAGUUUGGAAACUGGAUCCAGUACGCAUCAGCAAUCAGUGGACACAGGGCAGCUACCAUCACCAGUGAAGACCUGGAGAAGAGGUUCCAGGAAGACAACAAGGCUGUGAUAGAGUUCACCGCGGGGUCACAGACCUAUGAACUCAGUUUCCCUGACAUGAUUCAAAAUAACAAGCAGUACAGCACCAAGAAGGUUGUGAGAAGACGGCCUGUGUUUGUCUCUUCAGCUGAUGCACAAACUAUCAAAACCAGAAAAAGGGCUCCGAGCAAUCACUCAAAUUUCAGAGCUUUACCAGGACACUGGGACAAGGCACAAACUCCUGAAACAGGAUACAAGAGAAUUGACCUUCCGUGCUCGUCAGUGGAGUUUAAGGAGAUUCAAGGGCUUUUUCAGAACACCAUGAGAGGCUUCAGCAUCCACCAAAUCGAGAGGAUUCAGAACAAAGCCCUUUGGGAAGUCUUUCAGUGGCAAAGGGAUCUCAUGAAGAAGAACAACAGAGGGAGGAAUGUGACAGAGAAACAGCUUUUCCAUGGCACAGACUCCAAAUACCUCGAUGCCAUCUGCCUUAACAACUUUGACUGGCGGAUCUGUGGACUAAACGGAACAGCCUAUGGGAAAGGGAGUUACUUUGCCAGGGAUGCCAAAUACUCCAACAGCUACACUGGCCAAUUAAAUACGAGGUCCAUGUUUGUCUGUCGUGUGUUGGUGGGAGAUUACAUCAAAGGGCACUCGAGCUACCUCCGGCCCCCCUCGAAGGACGGAGGGGACACCAUCUUCUACGACAGCUGUGUGGAUGACGUCAGCAACCCCUCCAUCUUUGUGGUGUUUGAGAAGCACCAGGUGUACCCAGAGUACCUCAUCCAUUAUGGUGAGGACGAGGCAUGGCCACAAGUCUACCAGCAAUACAGUCCAGCUCCUGUACCUGCUCCUGCUCCAGCACCAGCAUACAGACCAGCGGCUGCCACAGCGCCUAGACCAGCACCAGCAUACAGACCAGCGGCUGCCCCAGUGCCUAGACCAGCACCAGCAUACAGACCAGCGCCUAGACCAGCACCAGCAUACACACCAAACCUAACCCCUGCACCAACCCCUGCACCUAAACCUGACAACUCCUGUGUCAUUAGUUGAGGCUGACUGCGAGGGGGGAAUUGUGAACCUUUUGAUAUUAAACUGAGGCAAAAACAUAUGCUUUUGUGAAUUAGAGAAAUGGAUUUAGCACUCUGUUAAAUGUGUUUGACAAAUUACAGAUAAUCUUGGGAUGCACCUUACUAUGAUUACUAGAUGUGCUGUUUUCUGUAAUGCAAGCAUUUUUUGUAGUGCUACUGACUUUAUAUAAUGGCAAAUUGCAAACCUCACAAAGUAGUUGUGUACAUUAUAAGCUUUAUACCUUCACAGUACAGUGGUUUUACAGUAUCUGCUGAUGUGCAUCAGUUCAAUGGUUGUGCAAUUAUGGGUUUCAUUCAUUUUAUUAAUAUAAUCCAUCUGUUUUCGUUGCAUUGAUGGGUUCUGACUUCUAAACUUCAAAAUAUGAAAUAUCCUUAUUCAUGUCACUGAGGGAGAGAGGGGAAUGCAGAACGUUUACAUUCUGUCAGAACAUGUUAUGGUUAGACAUCAGGUAUCCUAUGGAAAGGAGAAGGGCCACAGUCUGGUACAAGUCAACAAGACAGCCGUGAGUUGGGGAGGAGUGAGGAAUUUGGGCUGAGGUCAGAUGAAGUGAGAAAGAACACUAAUGUCCUGUCUAGCAACAGAGAUCUAUUGGCUGUCCAGAUGUGUAAGGACGAGACUCAGCAUAGGAGGGAGAUUUAAAUACCAGUGCUUGUGUAAAUAUGUCUUUGUCUUUCAGUUGUUUGACCCAUUGGGUGAAUAAACUUGAUUUGAGCUUUA